AUGCAACAUUCACAUGGACACCGUCUCAAGAUCGUCUAUUACAUCUCAGAAGGCCUAAGCAACAUCCACGACUCCGGAAUAAUUUCCAAAGACUUUCACACCGGGAACAUUCUUCAACUCUCCACGCAUCAUUCAUAUAUCGGUGAUUUUGGUCUAUCCGAACCAGCCGAUGCUCCGUGUCCAUACCAUAAAAAAAUUUUGGGUGUUAUUCCAUACAUGGCUCCUGAAAUUAUUUGUGGAAAACAUAUACUAAGGCUUCAGACGUCGACUGAACACAAAGGAUUGCUUGAUGCCGAAAUGUUACUGAAAUAUUGUGGAGAAGUUGAUUUUGGUGAUUCGGAAUUAUCCACCGUUAAAAAUGAUUUUAUGCUUGUGGAAGGGGAACGAGCAAGAGCGUUGCACUUUGGUUUGGCAUUUUUGGCUGAGAAGGUGAAAUAG